AUGUUGGACAGAGCUACUCCUUUCCUUUUCCUCCACUUUGUCAUGAGUUCCUUUUCUUCUCCUCUCUAUCCACCACUCAGGUAUAAUCCACUAUCCAUUUCUGGCAAAGCAGGGAGCUUUCAACUACAAGAAAGUAGUCCUGUGCACAAAAGCCACGAUCUUUCAGUAGAAGAGCAAGAAGAGAAUUUUCUCAGCCCUGCUGAAAAAAGACUCCAGCGUCAUGCAGAUGCCAUAUUCACUGACAGUUACCGGAAGGUCCGAGGAAAGGUAUCAGCACGGAAGUUAUUACAGGGCAUAGUUGGAAAAAGACUUAGGAAAGGAAGCCUGGGAAAUGAGCAACGUGAAAUCUUGACUAGACGCCAGUCUGAUAGCAUUAUGAUGGAUAGCCGCUACCACCAACAGAUGGUACUCAGGAAUUUCUUGGGAGCAAUGUUACAGAAUCAAAGCCCUCAAGAUGUUGAUAAUGACAAUUUAGAGGAUUUUACCAGUGUUCUGAUCAAACUGAUGGAACUGUAA